AUGGCGUUGAAAUACGUCACGGCUGCAUCGUACCCGAUAGCCACACCGACAUCUAGCUGGGAUGUCGUAUAUAUCAAUGCUACUGUGGAAGAUGAACUGCGUGGCCACCAAGCGUCUGCGGCGCCUAUCGCCGUCUCCUUGGUCGCGCUAGAGCCGUCGUGCUCGUCUUCCGCCUCGACAGCGCUUAGUGCCCAAGGCCACGUCUUGUGGACACAGCCCGCGCCCCCUGAAUGGGAAGAUGAAGCUGGUGUACCAAACCAAGCACCUGCGGUCUUUGUGCCGCGUAGCGAGGAGGGGGCUAUGCGUGUCACGAUGCGUGUCGUGCAGCCUGUGCCACUCACCGCCGCGUACAUUGCUGUACCACCGAACAAGUACGAGAUGUGUACGAAGGAUGCUACAUUUCAAGCGUCUCUUGAUGGUAGAAUACUACACACCAAGAACACAUGCAUGUAUGGCGAUACUCCAUGCCGUGUUCUGAUGACGGAGCCUGUGGCACAAGGUGUCGUGGACAUGGCGCGCACUCGUAUUUUUCUUUUGCAGGACGAGGAAUCAUACCCAGUAAAUAUCACUUCGUCGUCUACGGAACCUCCAGCGCCAUCCAUGCCCUUGCCUGACGUCCCCUCGAUGCAUCGAUUUCUGGCGCGUGACACGCCGCCGCCCACGUUGGCUGCACGGUACGUCCCUACACGAAGUAUGGUCUCUGCUUGCAUCGAAGCAUGGAAGCGACGUGGUAAUGACAUGUACGUGGAUGAGGAGAGUGUUAUUUUGGUUCAAGAACGCACAUUGGCCGAUUUGGGCCUUUUUGAUGGCGAGUGGGCCGUGGCCAGUGUGCUUACCGAAAACCGGCCGCGUGUAGUGCGUGUUUUUGUUACGUCGCAUGAAAACUUGAAAGCAGACGAAGCCUAUGCACCGCCGAUGCUGAUCGCCAACUUGUUCCGUACAACGGCGUACGAUCCCUUGGGUGCUGUUGCGCUCACCCUCGAUCCCUUACCGCCUCAUGUCACGGAUGAACUCUUAUCGGUCGACGAUGAGCGUCUACGUGGCGAUGCAGCACAGCCGCCUUUGAUUCCACGGGCUGAAUCUGUGACGCUCGCCCAAGUCGCUUCGCCUUUCACCACAGAUCGGGCGUACGAAGAGCAGUGCGCUGACGCGUUGCGAGCGUUCUUGGCAUCUCAUCCGCGGAUAUGGCAGCCGAACGAUCUCUUUGCGGUCGCGUUGGUGGGUGGCCAGGCUCGCUUUCAGCAAGUGGAUGUGGAGCGCUCGAACCUGUCCGAGUCUCAUCAACACUGGGCUGCUCAUGCACAGCUACCAGGCUGGCCGCCUGCCUACAAUCGUCAUGCCGUGUUUUUCCACGUGGCAGAGUUGACGCCCUCAUUGAUGGACCCUGACACACUGCAAUCGCUCAUUCCGUCUACUCUACCCGCCCUGCGACAAUGGUAUAUGACCCUGGCGUCGUCAGGUAGUAUGGCUGGCGCUGGCUGCUGGGUGGAUGCGGCUCAUACGCGCAUUGUGCAGCAAGGUACAGUGCAGCGGCGUGUAGCCGAUGUACAUGCAUGGCUGGGCCUCACAUCGGACAGCCCUGUGUGUCCCCCGGAUGGCACCCCACUGACGCAGCCGGGUAGCGCAUUUGCUCGACUCGCAUCGCUUGUUCAUGCGGCGCUCUCACCAGCUGCGCAGCAGCUUGACGUACAUUUACUUGUUCUACUCGAAGGUGCGGCGGGCAUUGGAAAGCGUGCUCUCACACGCUGGGUCGCGCAGCGCACAGGCACUCAUAUUCUUGAGCUUUCGUGCACGAUGCUCGUCGGCGAUACCGAUACUCAUACCGAUGGUGCUUUCCAAGCGCGAUGUGAACGAGCACGGGCCUGUGGGCCUUGUAUUUUGUUACUUCGUGACAUUGAUGUGCUCAUACGCAAGAGUGCUGGGGAGGCUGCCCAAGGCGCUAUGAUCAAAGUUUUGCAGCGGUGCCUUACGCCGCCCUCUGACACGGCUGAAGCUAUGCCGCUUCUUGUUGUUGCCACCACAGAAGACGGCGAGCGAUGCCCUGCUGCGUUGCGUGGGCUGUUUAACGAGACCAUCAAAUUGGAUCCACCCAUUGAGCCGGAACGUGCGCAAUGGCUCCAGAUUGCUGCGGCUCCGUAUGAGCUUGGUGCAGAUGUGGAUUUGCAUGCCAUGGCAGUACAGACGGCCGCCUUGUUGGCUAGCGACUUGAUGGAUGUACUGGAACAUGCACGGCUUGCAAGCGUGCGUCGUGUUCUUAGUGCUGGCUCGUUCUCUGUGGGCGAUGUGGUGGCUGCUAAGCCGAUCAUCGUUGCGGCGGACUUGGACCAGGCACUGACGCAUGUUCGUGCGAGCUACAGUGAAAGUAUCGGCGCGCCCAAGAUCCCGAAUGUGACGUGGGACGACGUGGGUGGCCUGGCCAGCGUGAAGCACGAGAUUCUGGAUACUGUUCAACUACCUCUCGAGCAUCCUGAGCUCUUUAGCGAUGGCGUGAAGAAACGCAGUGGUGUGCUGCUUUAUGGCCCGCCUGGUACAGGCAAAACGCUUCUGGCCAAGGCUGUGGCUACCACAUGUGCUCUCAACUUCUUCUCCGUCAAAGGGCCUGAGCUGCUCAACAUGUACAUUGGUGAAUCGGAGGCCAAUGUUCGUCGCGUUUUCCAAAAGGCCCGUGAUGCGAAGCCCUGUGUUAUUUUCUUCGAUGAGCUCGAUUCUAUCGCGCCGAAACGUGGCAACCAAGGCGACUCGGGUGGCGUGAUGGAUCGUAUUGUCAGCCAACUGCUGGCGGAACUGGAUGGUAUGGCGUCAGGCUCUGCUGCUAGCGACGUAUUUGUGAUUGGUGCUACGAACCGACCCGACUUGCUCGACCCUGCACUGCUGCGUCCUGGUCGCUUUGAUCGACUUCUCUACUUGUCUGUGGCAGAAACGCACGACGCACAGCUAAAUAUUCUACAAGCGCUUACACGGAAAUUCACCCUGGAUCCUGAUGUGGGCGAUUUGCGUGUUAUUGCAGAGCAAUGCCCCUUCAACCUGACAGGUGCCGACUUUUAUGCAUUGUGCUCUGACGCCAUGCUCAAAGCCAUGACACACAAGGCUUCUGAGAUUGACAAGAAAGUGGAGCAGCUGAAUAGGAUGUCCCGGACAGAAGAGCAGCGGCACUGGCCAACGCCUCUCACGCCGCAGUUUUAUCUUUCUGAAAUUGCAACGCCGGACGAAGUGCAAGUCAAAGUGGCACGGCAGCACUUUGAACAAGCUCUAGCGGAACUUACACCAUCCGUAAGCCCACAAGAGAUGGAGCACUACAGACAAGUGCAGCAAAAAUUCUCGCAGCCUGAGAAGGAGGAGGUACCAUCUGCAUCGGAACAGCCAGCGACUUUGAUGGGCUCUAGUUUAUCUACUGAUAUGCCUAUGUCGACGGCAGCGUCGCACGAAGCGCUCUCCGCAUCGGCGCUUGACACUGAUGCUUCAGAGGCGCCACAGACUGAAUCUGAGCAGGCAGACACAAACGCUUCGAGCUCUACUAAGAAAGGCAAAGGCAAAAACAAAGGCAAAGGCAAAGACAAAGGCAAAGGCAAAGCCAUGGAAUAG